AUGAAAGGCCAGAUAGUUAAAACUGUUUUGCCAAACGGGAUAAGUGUUAUACUGCGGAAACUGCCUGUUGAAGAGUAUCUUGUGGGGGUGUGUCUGAAAGGAGGGUCUAUAAAGAACGCAGAGGCUGGGCAUCCUGAAGGGACCGCGCACUUUUUGGAGCAUGUUCUAGUGCAACAGACAGACCCAAGCAUAAAAAAAGCCCAUAAUGUUAGCGGCCGAACCACACAGACCCACAUCUCCGUGUACGGAAACGGGAAAGGAGAUGGGGCUGCCGCGCUAGCAAAGAGCCUGCUUUCUGCCGCAGGAAAGCCUGUAGAGGCGGAGAGCCUGCGAAAAGAGCUUCCGCGGAUACUCGAAGAGAUGCAGAGAGUGCGAAAAAGCGGCCAGGAAAAAGAAGAAAAACUUGUUGGAGGCAUGUUCCCAAACAGCCCGCUCAACGCCUCUAUACUGGGGCAUGCAGACACGCUGGAAAAGAUCACGCCGUGCACCAUACAGUCAUUCCUUGAGAGCACAUUUGCAUCUGGGAAUGCGCUACUAGUUGGAGUUGGGAAUAUAAACGUGUCGGAAAUGAUCAAAGCAGCAGCAGAGAUUCCCUGCCGCCCAGCCCCUAACAGAAGCGCAGCUCCCUUUUCAGCGGCUUCUUCUUUACAGAGCACGCCAAAAAGUGCACACACGGAAAGUACAGAAAAGCAGCCAUCUGGAAAAGAAGAAGAAAAGGGCAUCCAUGUGUUUGUGGGCUAUAGAAUUCCAUACACAAAAGACAUAAAAGACUAUGCAAUGUAUUUGGCAAUUGCCAACUCCAUACAAAAGCAGAUUCACUCCAUGGGCUUGGACAUUUCUGUCCGGCUGCACUACACAGAGCUGGGCGGGGUGCUGUACUUUUUGGCUGCAAAAGAGGCAUACAGCACAGAAAAGCUUGAGCAGAUUAUGAACAAGGCGGCGGACCAGGUGGCAGAGGACACGCGCAAGAUUGUGGCUGUUGACCCAGAAAACCUGGCGCUAUCCAUGCUAGAGCUGCCCGGAUACUUGUUUUCCAUAGGCCUUGGGCUAAACACAGAAAAAGAUCUGCUAGACACUCUGCGCACUCUAAAAGAGUCCGAGCUUAAAAAGGGGAUUGAAUCUCUGCACUCGGAAAAUACACUCACGUUCACUGCAAAGGCAAACAGAGCACUUGACGCGUAG